UUCAAACGUUAACAAACUGCUCCGUCAAAUCCCAGCACGUUCGUUUCUUGCUGCCAAGGUCCAACCAAAAACCAACUCCUAAUCCAGGAAAACCGUCUUCUUCCCUGCGCAACUCAAAGGGUGGCAGACACUGGAAGGAUUCUUGUUUCCUAUUGAAACCAGGAAAACACUCCAAAUCCCCUUUCUUACAAAAUUGAAGGAUGCCCGUUUUUUAUUAGCUUCGUAUUCCGAUAAAAAAAGAAGGCACAUAAGGUAAAGAUGGAUGAAGAGAGCAAAGAACCUUCUUCUCACGAGCUGGCAAAUGAAUGUGAUAAUUCAGCUUCUCUUAGUUCAACCGAGUGUAGGGAUUCUCUUUCAAGUAACGAAAAAGAAGACCAUGUUGAAUGUAGUAAAGAACAUGAUACAAGAAUGGAAGUUGAUGAGGGUGAGUUUAAAAGGAUUUCAGACUUAUCCUUUGGUGAGGUAUGUGCACUGCAAUUUGUUAGUGAAGAAGAAGCUUAUGAAUUUUACACGAAGUAUGCCAGAUGUCAUGGAUUUGUGGUAAGAAAGCAUAAUGUAGGCCGUAACAAAAGAAAAAAUGUGAUUGCGCGUCACUUUGUUUGCAACAGACAAGGGUUUAGAAACCCAAAGCAUUUGACAAGGAUUGACAGGAAAAGAGGUCAUAGACCUCUGACCAGAACUAAUUGUGAAGCAAGGUUCCAUAUACGCUACCAGGCAAGUCAUUCAUGUUGGAUAGUCACAUGUUUUAAUGAUAAUCAUAACCAUGAAUUGACCCCUUCAAGAUAUGUGCAUUUAUUACCUGCUUAUCGUGGUUUGUCUGAUUUAGAUAAAGCACAGGUUGAUAGCCUUCACGGGGCUGGAAUUAGAACAUGUCAUAUUAUGGGGUACAUGGUGGCACAAAAAGGUGGGUAUAAUAGUGUUGGAUUCACAAGGAAAGAUCUAUACAACUAUUUUGGUAGCAAAGCACAUGAUGAGAUUAAAGAUGGGGAUGCGAUUGCAGCAUUAAGUUACCUCCAUGGAAAGGCAGACAACGACCCAAUGUUAUAUGCCAAAUUCUCAACUACUGGUGAUGGUAGACUAAGCCGUCUUUUUUGGGCAGAUGGUGAUAGCAGAUUUGCUUUUUCAUGUUUCGGUGAUGUCCUUGCUUUUGACACGACGUACAAGAAGAACAAGUACAAUUAUCCUCUUGUUAUUUUCUCAGGAUGCAAUCACCAUUUACAAACGACAAUAUUUGGUUGUGCUUUGGUCGCGGAUGAAACAAUUGAAACGUAUAAGUGGGUACUAGAAUCUUUUUUGGAAGCAAUGGGAAAUAAACAUCCCAAAGCGGUAGUGACAGAUAGUGACGGAGCUAUGAGGGAGGCUAUUAAACAGGUAUUUCCUGCUGCAUUUCAUAGACUAUGUGCGUGGCACCUACACAAGAAUGCUUGUGAAAAUGUGAAGAUGCCUUCAUUUCUGAAAGAUUUCAAGACUGCUAUGUAUGCUAAUUUUACACGUGAAAGAUUUGAGACGUUUUGGGAAACUAUGGUUGAAAAACAUGGCCUGAAGGAGAACAAAUGGGUUCUCAAGACAUACAAUAACAGGUAUUUAUGGGCUACAUCAUAUUUGCGUGAUCAAUUCUUUGGUCGUUUGCGCACUACAUCACAGUGUGAAUCUAUUAAUGCAAUUAUAAAGGCAUAUAUAAGGAAAAAAUGCAGUUUUUUUGAAUUUAUGCACAAUUUUGAGAAGGCUUUGAGAGAGUAUAGAAAUAAUGAGUUUGUUGCUGAUUUUAAGUCCCUUUAUACAACACCAGUCCUAACAACAUCACUUCAGAAUAUAGAGGAGGAUGCUGCAAAAAAAUUUACAGAAGAGAUAUUUCAAGAAGUCAAAGAUCAAAUCAUAUUGGGUUGUGCAUUAAUUGUUAAAGAGCGAUUGGUAAAUGGGGAUGAACUCAUAUUCCGAUUAACGAAGUAUUGCUAUCCCGAUUCAGAAACUGUUGUUGUUUAUCAUACACGUAAGUUUGAAUUUUCUUGUGCUUGUAAGCGCUUUGAGUCCCGCGGCAUUCCUUGCUCACAUAUCAUUUGCGCAAUGAAAGAGGAACAUGUUGACCAUAUUCCAGACCAUUUGGUUUUAACGCGAUGGUCAAAAAAUGCAAAAACUUCUUUGUUGUCAUCAUCAAGUUCGUCUGAGUCUGUUGAUCCAGAUGUCAUGGAGCUGGCUCGAUUUGGAGCAUACAGUGGUGCAUGCAUGACAUUUUGUAAAGUCGCUGCAACAAGAAGUGAAUUGUACAAUGAAGUCAUGGAUGACAUAUUUCACCUUACCGAAAAGUAUGAGGCAUUAGAGAAGAAGCAGUUAGGUGACCCUAUUGGUACAGAAGGUUCAUCAGUGAAGCACAUAGGUGAUCCUAAUAUGGUGAAGACUAAAGGAGCUCCAAAGAAGAACAAAUUAAGUAUGAAGAGGUUGAGACAUUGUUCAAAUUGUGGUAGCACAAGACAUAAUGCAAGGACAUGCAAGAAUGAAAAGGGUAAACAUGAUAAUGAGUUAUCUCAUUCGGAUGGUGCUGAGUUUAGCAUACCAUCUGGUCAUUUGGUGAAAGGGGUUUCUCCUUCUAAACGUAGUGGUAGCCAUGAUCGGAAGUCAAAGAUAGCUAAAGAAUAUUCACAGGAUUUAGAUAAAGAUGGUAUGAUCAAAGGGGUUUCCUCUGCUCUUGGGAGCUAUCCUGUUAUGUCUCACACACAAAAUAUGUCUCACGCAAUGCAAUUUCCAAGAUAUGAGUGUGGCAGUUCAGGCCAAACGAUGUUCAACAUUCCUAGCUCUCCUGGAAUUCCUUUUUAUCCUCAUACUAUCCAAUCUGCUAUUCCUCCCCAAGCCUCGCAGUUCUGUUUUGGAGUUCCUGAUGUCAAUAAUGGCGUAACUUAUGAUUUUGAUAGAUCAAUUCAAAGUCGUACAGACAUUCCUAACUUUCCUAUAGUUCCUGGGUAUCCCAAUAAUACCACAACUGCUAUGAUUUCUCAAACACCGCAGUCAUAUUUUGCAGCCCCGCCUAUGAAUAAUCGAUCAUCAUAUCUUGGAUUGCUUCAACAAGUCAUGAAAAAUAGUGUGCCUAAGAGUUAAUCAUGUUACAACAUGUACAUUAUAUUUACAAGAUUGUCUUCACAAAUUACGACACUUCUACAACCUGAAGGCAGAGAUUAGCAACAUCUGAAAGAGUGUUUUGGAUAGAAUGAUGACACUUUCAUGUAAAACGCACAUAACGUCAAUAGUUGAUUUUGUUUUUUCUGUCUAGCUGAUGUUGUGUAUUUGGUGCUUUUCAUAGGCGAUGUUAUCAUUGUUUUUCAAUUAUUAUAAGCAUGGCUGAGUUAUAGCAUUAAAGGAAAACUUGAGCAUGAUUCACCAAAGAUUAAUGCUUAUAAAAAAUAUGUUCCCUAUAAGAGACAAAGUUGGCUUCAGUAGGAAUCUUUGUAAUGCCACCCCAUCCACUUUAACUUAUUUAUAUAGAUAUUGUCAUAUUGAUCUCUUA